AUGGCUAACCCAUGCGCAAGCAAAACUGCGCGUGGUGAUGGAAGAUGUACACGGAGCCUGCCAGCCUUGGAAGGCUUGUCGUACGACAGCGAGCGGCGUCGCUGGUGUGUCAAGGUCCCGCCGGCAAUCUGUCCUUCCGGAGGAACUUUCUACUUCAGCACCUCGGGCAACGACACAACCAACGUGUGGCUAUCGGCGUUGUACCAUUGGGGUCGUUUGAUUGUGUGUCAUUUGCGUAGCAAGGAUGCGGAGUGCCCGUGCGGAGUGUGUAGGAGUGCAUUCGAAAAGCCGUGUGUGUCGGAGAAGCUUUCGGUGUUCGACUUUACCGAAUUUUUCGCGGAAGGCGUAGACGCGACGUCGGUUGUGCCUUCUGCCCGCGCUACCGUAGGUUCGGCAGCUUUAACGGGUAAUUGGGUAAACGCCUCGUCUGCAACAUGCGGAUGCUGGAACCGUAAUGAGGCGUUGAUUCCUCCAGACAACUUGUUAAAUAUUGAAAACACGAGAAGGUAUGAGGAUAGUCUGCCCCCCGGUUCUAUUUUCUUCGAUGACAGCGUGAGUGGGUCGUUGUCUAGCGCCCACCGCGACACACCCCGCGGCGUCGGAUUCUCGGGCAGCAACUCUUGCGGCGGUUUUAAUGCGUUGGCAAGCAUCGGCGAUGGUCGACUAAAGAGUUUCCCUCCAGAGUUACGUGUUGGUGAACCGACAGAUCAUUUGUCGAGAUGUCCACUUGCUCACCAUCAUGGCUUCACUCACUCGACACGUUCUCAAAAAAGGUCAUCUAGCAGCGGUAUUUCCCCCGUACCAGACUUCUCGACUGCAGGUGGAGCUAUCCUGGCGUCCGCCAAGGAUAGAUUAUCACUUACCACCAUGCAUGUCGAAUCGUCGUGCUUGCCGCGAGCCGACAGCUGCCAUUCAGCACCAGUCCUUCAUGCGUCAUGUGCCGAUGCACUAGCAGCAUCACAUUUCGCUAAUCGCUACCACGAUUUGCAGACGCAAUGUUGCACCGGCGCAUGCAGUGCACACCUGCCUGCCGGGCGUGACUACGAUAAUCUACGCUACCUUUCCCUGCUUGCGGGCCACACAAGGUACGGUAGUUUGCGCAAGGCACCGCAGUUAAAGACUGAACGGUUUGAUUUGCUGCAUCUUCAUCAUCACCAUCCGAGGCGCAAAAAUAGGCCCGAGCGGACGGGAGAAGCCUCGGCAGCGCAUUGUCGGCCAACAGGCGGUCUGACUCUGGAUUACAUCACCCAGCUCAGCUCGCAAGCCAUUCCAUCCAGAUCAGAUAUUUACCGCGCAGGAGGCGUCGAUCGGGGGGAGGGCUACACCGCCCACCAGGACGAUAACGCCGGGAGCAGCCGCGUGGAGAGCGCAUCGGGCUGCUCUUCGGCUGUCUCAACGCGGCGGUCAACCGAGUCUAAGUCACAGGAAACCGCAGAUCACCUUUCCGACAACGCUGUCAGAGAGCCGAGUUCGUCCGCCGACUUCGACUGCUGCGAUGAGUACUCCUCGAUGACCGACGACUCGCUGGGAGACAGCACCCGCAAACCUCGGCGCCGCGGCAGGCCACGCUCUAAUGUCGCCAGCAACAUUUCUGACAUGGCUGAAUCCCUGCGACCCUGGCAUCGAGAAGUUUUCUGGGUACCGAGCAUCUCCCGUUGGCGCACGUCGUUCACCGACGAGGCUGGCACCCGCCACACGAAGACAUUCACGCCUUCUGUUUUCGGCGGCGUGAAGGAGGCAUACGACGCUGCUGUUAAAUACAAGCAGGCGGUUGACCAGAUCUGCGAGGCUAGCGGCAUGCCGGAGUCGCGGCGCAUUUCACUUAAGCGGGACAUAGAGAUGUCACUUAAGCGCAAGAGGCUGCCCCGAAAUUGCACCGUGGACAUCUUUUCUCAUUUCGAAAACAACCCGAGUAGCGCUGACGACACCACGGCCCCUGCCCAGUCGGCCCAGGAUAUGGCAUCCAGCAACAGCUCCUCCUCGUCGGGUCAGCAGAAAGCCACAUGCCCUCCAGCCAGUGAUGCACCCACGUAG